AUGAACUCGGCGAGCGGUCACGCUCCGUCUCCCCUUUUCCUGGGCCUUGACCUGUCCACGCAAGGCCUCAAGGCUAUUCUGAUCACGGAGGACAGUAACGUCGUUCAUGAGUCUGCCGUGCAUUUCGAUCGCGACCUUCCACACUACGGUACCACUAAUGGCGCUAUUCGUGGACCCGAACCGGGCGAGGUCACCUCGCCCGUACGUAUGUGGCUGGAAGCAUUCGAUCUUCUCAUGGACAGGAUGAAGACUGCUGGUGUCGAUUUUGGCCGCAUCCUCGGUAUUUCGGGAGACGGACAACAACACGGGUCCGUCUAUUGGUCCUCGGACGCCGAGAAAAUGCUCGCCACUCUCGAUGCAUCCCAGCCCAUCGACCAGCUCUCACCGGGUGCAUUCUCGCUCCCAAACGCACCCAUCUGGCAAGACUCGUCCACGACUAGAGAGUGCCGUGAACUCGAGGCCGCCGUCGGCGGUGCACAGGUGCUCGCUGACCUCACAGGCAGCCGCGCCUACGAGCGAUUCACCGGGACGCAGAUCGCGAAGAUCCGGCGCGUGAACCCAGAAGCGUAUCGCGCGACGUCGCGCAUCUCGCUCGUGUCGUCGUUCAUGCCGUCACUUUUCCUGGGGGCGAUCGCGCCGAUAGAGGUGUCUGACGCGAGCGGGAUGAACCUCAUGGACGUCCUCACAUGCAAGUGGGAUGACACGCUUCUGGACGCCAGCGGAGGCCCGGAGCUGCGCGCCAAGCUUGGUCCAGAACCCGUGCCAGGGGGCACGUCACUGGGCAAGAUCAGUUCGUGGUGGGUGCAGCGAUGGGGUUUCAACCCAGACUGCUGCAUCGCACCCUUCACGGGAGACAACCCAGCUACCGUGGUUGCUCUCUCAACACCCGGUGAUGCAAUUCUCUCGCUUGGGACCUCUACCACUCUCCUCCUUUCCAUUCCGCCCGCGGAAUCGUCCCCUAAGCGCUUCACGACCUCUCAUCUACUUUCUCACCCUACUACGCUCGAUGCGCACAUAGCUAUGCUUUGCUACAAGAACGGUGCGUUGGCACGCGAGCAGGUCCGUGACCGUUACGCUAGCGGUCACUGGACACACUUCAACGAGCUCGUCGAGGAGCAGCCUGUCGGUAACACUGGUUACAUGGGCUUCUACUUCCCCCUUCCUGAGAUCAUCCCGCCGAACGUACAAGGCAACUUCUUCUUCCACGCUGCUUCCUCCGACGUAUCUCCUCCGGUGAUCAAAUCGGUGUCUGAUGAUGAGAUGCCGUCAUCCGCCCACCCCCGCGCGAUCCUCGAGUCGCAGUUCUUGUCCAUCCGGUCACGCAUCACCGCCAUCCUGCCUGAGGACGCACCUCCUCUCCAGCGGCUUGUUCUCAGCGGGGGCUCGUCUGCGAAUCCCGUCAUCCGGCAACUUGCCGCAGACGUCUUUGGCAUGCGCGUCUACGUCGCGGGCAAGGAGGGCGCCGCAGAAGGCGGCGCUCAGCUUGCGCGAUAUGCGUGGUGGAGGGCCCAGAACGGUGACAUGGGCACAUUCGAAGAGAUGCGCGCGGCCGAUGUGACAGGCGAGCGGAUGAAGUGUGUCGCUGAGCCUAAGGACGCGAACGUCGCCAUAUAUGCAAACUUGGUACCCGCGUACCGGGAAUGCGAGGACCACGUCGUGAAGAUAUGUGCAGCAGCAGAGGCCUGA